AUGCAAGCGAUGCCGAACAUUCCAAAUAUGCCAAAUGUCGAUAUGGAGGUCAUGAGAAAGACAUUUGUCUAUCAGGACAGCAUUGCAGACGCAAUGGUUUCAAUGCGCCGCUUGCGAAGGUCCCACCGCGACAGUGAAGAUCUGAAAAAGCUUCUAGACUUUCACAUCUUAAACUGUCAAGUGUCUCUCAACACGUUAGCCCAGAUCCAUCAGUACACCGAGCAGGACAGAAAUGAAUCAUACGAGUUUUGUGCAAUAUUAUUAAAAGGGUGCUUAAAAAUGUUGCGAACAGUUGGAACAAUCUAUUCUGAGUUUCUGACCGCUGCUCAUGAGUUGGAAGCUGUCCACGGACCAAUUGAAGCAAUUGGCACAUAA